CUUUGAUUAUUGAUAGAGAUGUUCGCCUUGGUAUUUUAGGGUGUCCAAAUUUACCAGUAGAUCUUAAAAAACCUAAGGGUGAAAAAGGAUGUUUAUUUGUUGCCAUUAAGGGGCAAGGUGCUUUUCAGCGUAGUUUUUAUUCAACAGAAAAAACACAAAUCCGCCUUGCAGAUAUUUCAUCACCAUCAGCAGCCUCAUUUUGCAAAUCAGUAGUAGCCGAACAUUCUUCACACUGUGAUGCGGCAAAAAUUGCAUUGUUACUUGGAAUCACAAAACCGCCUCUCCGCAUAGAUAGUAUGUGUAAAUAUUGUGCUGUUGCGAGAGAUGAUGUAGAUAUUUAUCUAAGACUACCUGUCCAUGUUAAUUAUGAGGAGAAUAUCUGGGAUCAUGCAGCUGGAUACAUUCUUAUUAAGAAGGCAGGGGGUAUUGUUUCAGAUAUUAACAAUAAACCUUUAGAUUUCUCUUUGGGAAGAACUUUAAAAAGCAACAAAGGAGUCGUAGUUGCACAUUCUAAAAUACAUAGACAAGUUAUUGACAUGGUUCAGCAA